AAUAUGGGAAUGAUUUCUUACAAAUUCUUUCGUUCUUUUUUGACGAGUUUCGGCUACACAUGUAUUCCACAUAGUAAUAUAAAAGAUCUAUGUAUUCCAUGUGAUCAGGGACAUUAUAAAACCAAUGCCUAUGGCGAGCUCAAAUGUCAAGAAUGCCCACCGGGUGGUUUUUAUCAAGACGCGAUUGCAUACGUCGGCGAGAUUGUGCAUGGUCUUGGAUGUAAACAGUGUCCUGCAGGAUCUUACGUCAAGCCGGAAAAUGCUCCUGGGAAAACAAUGGAAUCGUGYUCUGCUUGUCUUGAAGGAGUUGCAGGGUUGUCGGAGACGUCUAAUCGUGCUAAUAGACGUUCAGUAAGUGACACUGUCUUCAGUAGUUUCAAGAUUGUGAUUGGAUUCUACCAAGUGACAAGUGGUACUCUCAACGCCUAUUCUUACAUCAAGUGGCCUGCAGCACUCACCAAGUUGAUGAAGUUUGCUGAUGUGGUACAACUGAACAUUUUCAAACUCGUUCCAUUGGAAUGCCUGAAACAUUCCGUAAGGUUAACGCCAUACGCUGGUCUUGUGGUUUAUAUCUCUUUAGACGCGAUGGUCAUUCUGAUUGCAAUUCUAUAUUUCUUCGUCAAAAAGGCCUUUACAAAUAUCAAUCGUGAUAACAAGAGGCUUUCCAAAUGUAAAGCAAACUGCUAUCGAGCAGUUUUCUUGGUCAUUUUCAUCACUUAUCCUGCGACUUGUGAGAAGGUUUUCCAGGUUCUGCCAUCCAGUUGCCAUAAAGUGUGUGACAAUGAGCAAGAUUGUUCAUGGUAUCUUCAGUCAGACUAUUCCUCGAAAUGCUUUACAAGUUUCUAUAACAGAUUUGUCAUCUUAGCCUACUUUGCACUCUUGAUUCCAAUCGGAUUUCCUGUUGCCACGACCUUCUUCUUGUGGAAGUACUGCCAAAACAGUGGAAGUGACAAAGUUCAUCUUAAAGUAAAGAAGAAGCGCUUCCAAGAUGAUGCUGCCGGCCAUGAAAUAUCAGUUGGAAUGAGGUUCCUUUACGAGAACUACAGUGAAGAUUGUUGGUACUGGGAGAUAAUCGAGCUUGUUCGUAAGGUCAUCUUCACCUCAGUACUGGUGUAUUCCGGUCAAGAGGGACGAUUAUUUCUUGGAGUCACCGCCAUCUUGUCUGGUUUCUAUGCAGUGUAUUUUGCUCACACACAGCCUAUUCCACAUUUGUUUGACAAAUGGCUUCAUCUGGGUGCUCUGAUGGCUACCAUGGCCAACCAGUUCAUGGCGAUGCUGCUAAAGAUCCCUGCAGAAACAGUUUCGACUUUGGUGGAUGUGGAGAGUGACGCCAUUGGUAUUACCGUUAUGCUGAUGUUUGCCAAUCUCUUCGUUGUUAUUAUUAUUGUAGUUCGCUAUGUGUACGGUGUUUACUUCACAAUGCAAGCCAUCAGAGAGAACCCAAAAUGCGAUUUGUCAUGUGUUCUCUCAGUGCUCCAGGUUGUAAACUUUGGUCAGGGUCAUGAUUUGUCCACAAAAAAAGGCAAAAAGACAGGACGAGAAGACAAGAUUGAGCUCAGUAAUACAUAAAUAGAACUCGAUAAAAUGCACGUAAAAGCAAAAGCUUAUCAUUAGGAAUUUGUAAAGCAAACAUUUAAUAAGUGCAAAGUAAUGCGUUGCGGAAUACAAUAGAGAAUCAUGUCGAAAAACUAGAACAUUUCUUACUGUUCAAAGCCAUUGUUUUUCAUCAUUA